GGGGAAACCUUUCAGCUCAGAGAGCCCUGAGAGCCCACAAGAGCAACUGUUAGAGCAGAGCUAGAUAGACAAACACACAGAACUCCCUUCGAGUAAUAUCACAACAAAAGUACAAAGUCAAUUCAAAACAAAAUCCAUCCAAGAAGGUUAAAACCCGAUUGGAUAAGCCAUUUUAAUAUAUAGAUACAAAAUCAAGAUUGAUCUGUUGAUUCAUUUCGAUGGAUCUUAGGGAAUGAGUAUAAAGGACACUUUUGAUUUUUUUUCUGAAAAGACAAGUGGAUCUUUACUCAUCUCUGAGAGAAAAAAGGAAAACAACAGGACAACUGGAGAACAAGAAUCACGGAGCAAGACAGAAAACAACAUCUUCCUCGACACCAGCAGAAGUGUGCAGCACACCCUAAGCUGGGCUAAGUGAUUCCCUCCACCUGCGAGGCACCGCUCUGCCAGCGUGCGUCCAGCCUCCCUGCACUCAUCAACAGCCACCAGCGCAGCUCCAGCACCAGCAGAGGAUGGCUGCAGCCAAGACCGAGAUGAUCCUCCCAGCCCUGCAGAUCUCAGAGCCUCUGAGCUUCCCUCACUCCCCCAUGGAUAACUACCCGAAGCUGGAGGAGGUGAUGAUGCUCAGCUCUACAGGGACCCCCUUCCUCACCGCCUCAGCACCCGAAGGUGCAGGCUUUGGCUCCGGAGAGCCAGGAGAACAGUACGACCACCUUGCUGGAGAUACGUUACCUGAUAUCCCCUUCAACUGUGAGAAGUCAGUGGGAGAGCAGACCUACUCCACCCAGAGGCUGCCCCCCAUCUCUUACACAGGCCGCUUCACCCUGGAGCCUGCCACCACCUGCAGCAACAGCCUCUGGGCGGAGCCCAUCUUGGGCCUGUUCACUGGUCUGAUGGGCAAUAUUGCACCCAGUUCUUCCUCUGCUGCCUCACAGACCACCUCGUCCUCCUCUUCAUCCAUCCCGUCCGCCACUUCUUCCUCUUCUACCUCCUCAUCUCAGAGCCUCAGUUCCUCCAUUCACCACAGCGAGCCCAACCCCAUCUACUCAGCUGCCCCAACCUACUCCAGCCCCAACUCUGACAUCUUCCCGGACCAGGGCCAGGUUUUUUCCAGCUCGGCUGGAACAGUGCAGUACCCUCCCCCGGCCUACCCCAAUGGCAAGACCUGCAACACUAGCUUCCCUGUGCCCAUGAUUCCUGACUACCUCUUCCCUCAGCAGCAGGGAGAGAUCAGCCUGGUGCCCCCUGACCAAAAGCCCUUCCAGAGUCAGUCAAGCCAGCCCUCCCUCACUCCUCUGUCCACCAUCAAGGCCUUUGCCACCCAGACCGGUUCCCAGGACUUAAAGAGUGUUUACCAGUCCCAGCUGAUUAAGCCCAGCCGCAUGCGCAAGUACCCCACCCGGCCGAGCAAGACACCUCCUCACGAGAGGCCCUACGCUUGCCCUGUGGAGACCUGUGAUCGACGCUUCUCCCGGUCUGAUGAGCUGACACGUCACAUCCGCAUCCACACGGGCCAGAAACCCUUCCAGUGUCGCAUCUGCAUGCGCAACUUCAGCCGCAGCGACCACCUGACAACACACAUCCGCACUCACACUGGAGAGAAGCCCUUUGCUUGCGAGAUCUGCGGACGCAAGUUUGCCCGCAGUGAUGAGAGGAAGAGGCACACAAAGAUCCAUCUACGGCAGAAGGACAAGAAGGCAGAGAAGGCAGGCGCAGUGGUCGUGACAGCAGCGCCGGUAUCAGCAGCUUCGCCUGCCUCCAGCUACCCUUCUCCCAUCACCUCUUACCCCUCUCCAGUGUCUUCUUACCCUUCUCCCGUCACCUCCUGCUACUCCUCUCCCGUCCACACUUCCUAUCCAUCUCCUUCCAUCGCCACCACCUACCCAUCAGUGUCAAUGUCCAUGUCCAGCCCCUUUCAGUCCCAGAUGGCCUCCUCCUUCCCCUCCUCAGUCGCCUCCAACAUCUACAGCUCUCCCAUCCCCACCCCACUAUCAGACAUGCAGACCACUCUCUCCCCAAGGACAAUCGAGAUCUGCUAAGAAUGAGCAAAGACAAAAACUUUUUACAGUCUCUCUGCACCUCUCCUUUCUUAAGGUUGUUUGAGGGGAAAUAAAUCAGCAUCAAAAGACUUUGUUUCCCCUCCAAAAUGCACUUUUUUUGUCUGCUCCAUGUGCAGUGUUUGGUGAAUCUUGAGAUUUACCUGAAAGAGAGAAAAA